AUGGAAGCGAAAAGCCAGGAGGUUGAUGCAGUUGCUGAGUAUGUGGAGUUGCAGCGCCUGGCCAAGAUGAAUGUAUUGCGUGCUGCAAAUCAUGUUGAUGACCACCGCAUCCAAAAGACACUCACCACUCGAUUUGUUUUCGACUGGAGAUUCAAACCCUACGACCAGAGCACAAAGCGUUGGCUUCGAAGAGCACGUUUGGUGGCAAGAGAGUAUGCAUUUGAAGAGGGAAGACGAGACGAUGUUUUCAGUCCAGAGGCAGACUUCCAACAUUGUCCUUUGAACCCAUGUCUUGCACGAAAUGACAAAAUGAUGCUGCUUGUACAUGUGGAUAAUGUGAUGCUGAUGGGUGACAAAACCUAUGUGCACGAGAUCUUCCUUCCUUUGCUCAAGAAGAAGUUUGACUUGAGUUGUGAGUUGUUGAAGGACGCGGGUGAUUCAAUUUUGUUUUUGAAGCGGUUGUAUACACGUGUCGAUGACGGCAUUGUUGUGAAACCUGGUAACUACAUCCAAAAGAUGUUAGAAGCUUUUGAAGAGCGCUUUGGCAUGGUUCGUAUUCAGCAGGAGUUGAAUGGACCAGACUCCACAACAUACAGGCCAGUGACAGGGAUGGCAUCGUACCUGGCACAGGAGAGAUACGACAUUGCCUACUGUGUCAAAGAGCUUGCUUCAAAGACUGUGAAGCCCACAAUCCUUGCACUUCAGCGUUUGAGGAAACUCUUAGGGUAUCUCAAAGGAACCCAGCACUAUGCAUUGAAGCUUACCAGUCCAGUACCUGGAGUGGGAAAGCUGAUCCACAGUGAUUGUGAGUAUGUUUUGGAAAGCUACAGUGACAGCGAUUGGUCGGGACACAAAUCCCACCGAUUCAUGCUUUUCUCUCUCCUUAAGAUGCGUCGCGAGAUGGAAGAGCUCAGAGAGAACUUGAGGGUUUUGCAGACAGAUGAAAUUCAUGGCAUCAACACCAUGGGUGACCGUAUGCUUUUCCAGCGCAACUUAGCCGAAGUGGCCAGGUUGAAUGGUUUGUCAGCGGCAAAUCGUGCAGAAGGGCGAACCGAAGAAGCCUUUCAGAUGUUUUUCCGUUUGUGGGAAGGUGUGGUCAGACUUGGUGGCGACAUCGAAAGCUUUGAGGACCCCGUGAACGAACAUGAGCGUCGUGAGCUUUUUCUUAGGAACAGUGACAUCAGAGAUGGUGGAGAGAGAAGGAGCAGACAUGAUAGUCCUACGAGCCGCGGUGACUUGGAGGAUGAAGACUUUGCCGAGUUGAGUCCAGGAGAAGCCCAAGAUGGAGCGCCUCAAACAUCACCAGAACCUGAACCACAUGGUAUUCAGAACGAAAACCUCCCAACUGGCUAUGAACAGGACAGUGAGACCCAACUUCCUCUUGAUCCUGAAGAAGAACUGCAGGGCUAUGCUGAUCGUUUGGACCAAGAAGUUCGAGAUCUCAAUGUGAUGUGA